UGAUGUUUCGUUAUAUUGAGAUAUCCGGCUAUGUGGUAAAAGAGCUGUAAUACAUUCUUGCUGUUAGCAUUUGAAAGACUCAGCUUAGCAAACAAUAGUUCUUCUGGCAUGGCACCUUCUUUUGAGGGCAGCCAGGGCUCUGCUGGCAGCAGAGACCAUGUGAUAUUUGAUGCAUCCAAAGGGGAAACAUUCCAGAUAUCUGCUGGCCUUAAAACACUGGCCAGGAAACUGAAGGGAAACUGGAAACCCAGCAGCAACGGCGAUGAGAUCACGGCUGAGGUGUUGGCGGAGGCACGUGUGUUCGUAGUGCCCGGACCGGCCGACAAGUUCAGCGUGCAUGAGAUCGAGGCGAUGAAGCGGUACGUGGCUGACGGCGGCAGCCUGCUGGUACUGCUCGGCGAGGGCGGCGAGAAGCGCAGUCGCACGAACAUCAACUAUCUGCUGGAGGAGUACGGCAUGAGCAUCAACAGCGAUGCUGUGGUGCGGUCCCAGUACUACAAGUACUUCCACCCCAAGGAGUGUUACGUAUCGAACGGCAUUCUGAACCGUGCUCUGAGCCAGAUGGCGGGCAAGAGCAUUCCCGGAAUGGGGAUGGACGAGGAUGGCAACAACACACAGGCUCUGGUUUACCUGUACCCGUUCGGCGCCUCUAUCAACGUGGUGAAGCCGGCUGUGCCCCUGCUCUCCACCGGCAGCGUCGCCUUCCCGGGUAACAGACCGAUCUGCGGUCUGUACCAGAACGAGGCUGGCGGCAAGAUCGUCGCGCUGGGCUCUGUGGCCAUGCUGUCCGACCAGUACCUGGACAAGGAGGAGAACAGCAAGAUCAAGGAUGUGCUGUUCGAUAUCCUGACCCGACCCGAGGUCAUCGCUCUGAACAAGAUCGACGCCGGAAACCCGGAGAUCAGCGACUACAGCCAGAUCCCGUCGACGGCUAUCCUGGCGGAGCGGCCGCGCGUCUGUCUGCAGGAGUCGGAGAGCGUGCCGGCCGACUACACCAAGCUGUUCGACACGCAGGUCUUCUCCAUCAACACCCGUCUGGUGCCGCAGGCGAUCGAGUCGUACGAGAAGCUGGGCGUCAAGCACGAGCCGCUGAAGCUGAUCACGCCGCAGUUCGAGACGCCGCUGCCGCCGCUGCAGCCCGCCAUAUUUCCACCGGCGUUCCGCGAGCUGCCGCACCCGCCGCUCGAGCUGUUUGACCUGGACGAGGCCUUCAGCAGCGAGAAGUCGCGGCUGGCGCAGGCCACCAACAAGUGCAACGACUCCGACCUGGAGUACUACGCCCGCGAGUGCGGUGACGUCAUGGGAAUCACCGUGAAGCUGCCGCCCGACUCGCGCAGCGCCAAGCACAUCCUGGAGUACACUCUGUUCCAGCUGGUGGAGUUCAGGAAGCUGAACCAGGAGUUCGACACCGGGUAUUACGAGCAGCAGGAGGUUAUGGAGUAGCCGGCAGUCCGGCGGCCGUUGGUGCGAGGGGCGGGGUCAGUCUGAAUCCCCUCAGUCCGGCAGCUGAUGGCGCGAGGGGCGGUGUCAGUCUGACGCCCCUCAGCCCGGCGGCCGUUGGUGCGAGGA